AAGAAAACUAAAACAGUUUCCCGAUCAAAACACAAGCUUCGGUCUCUCAAACACAAAGCCCCAAGCGCCAAUUCGUGCGAUUGAAAGAUUGCCCACGGAACUCUUACUCCUGAAAUCUGAAUCGGAAUGAAUUAGCAGUGAGUUUUGAGUGAUUCUCGAAGAAGCCAUGUGGUUUUUUUCUGGGAGAUCCAGGAAUCGUUUCUCCUUAGACAACUUAAGUUCCGGAUAUAGGUCUUUAACUGAUCAGCUGGUGAAGGUUCAAAUUGUUAACGAGGUUAACAAGGAUUUUGUCAUUGAAGCAAUUAGAUCAAUUGCCGAGUUGAUAACAUAUGGUGACCAGCAUGAUGAUGGCACCUUUUUCGAGCUUUUCAUGGAGAAACAAGUUAUGGGGGAAUUUGUACGUAUAUUGAAGAUUAGUAGGACAAUGGCUGUUUCACUCCAGUUGUUGCAGACUGUGAGCAUUUUGAUUCAGAACCUAGAAAAUGAACAUGCUCUAUAUUAUUUGUUCAGCAAUGAAUAUAUGAACUACUUAAUAACAUAUUCAUUCGACUUUCGAAACCAUGACCUAUUAUCUUACUACAUAUCAUUCCUAAGAGCAAUAAGUCGAAAGCUAGACAAGAAUACAAUUUCGCUGCUUGUAAAGACUGAAAAUGAUGAAGUUGUUUCUUUUCCUUUAUAUGUUGAGGCAAUACGAUUUGCCUUCCAUGAGGAGAGCAUGAUCCGGACGGCAGUACGUAAUUUGACACUUAAUAUAUAUAUUGUUGGAGAUGAUUGUGUAAAUAGAUACGUCACAAGUGCUCCGCAUAAGGAUUAUUUUUUAAAUCUGGUUACAUUUUUACAGAAGCAGUGCAUUGAUUUGAACCAAUUGGUCUCUGAUGCUCUGAAAAGUCCUGCUCAAGAGAUAAACUCAUCAAUUUUUGCCGCUGUAGAUGAAAUUGAAGAUUCUCUCUACUAUUUUAGUGAUGUUAUGUCUGCUGGAAUUCCUGAUGUUGGGAGGUUAAUGACAGACAAUCUUUUGCAGCUUUUGAUUUUUCCAAUUCUAGUUCCUUCACUAACGAUAAAAGCUGUGAAUGAUAUGAAAAGUGGUAUAGUCACUUCUCUGUAUUUACUAUGUUGCAUCUUGCGCAUUGUCAAAACCAAAGAUUUGGCAAAUGUUAUUGCUGCCGCUCUCCUCUGUCCUUUAGAAGCUUUCAUAUCACAAUCUCUAGCUAAACCGAAUGGAUAUAUGUCUGCUCAUGAGUUUUCACAUGAAAUCAAGGUGGAUGCCGGUAGCCCAAAAUUUGAUGAUACACACUCAUCUGGGACUUCCCAAACUCACCCAGUAGAUUUUGUGGAAAAUGGUUGUGAUUAUUCACGUUUGGCAUUGAGGGAGACUUUGCUUUACUAUGUAACUUGUGGGGAUGAUGUACAAGUUUUGGGUUCUUUGUGUGUGCUGGCUACGUUGUUGCAGACAAAAGAGUUAGAUGAAUCAAUGCUAGAUGCUCUUGGAAUUCUUCCACAACGCAAACAACAUAAACGACUCUUGUUGGAAGCUUUGGUGGGUGAAGGCCCAAGUGAAGAGCAGCUUUUCUCUUUGGAAAGUAAUUCAAUGAGAGAAAGUAUUGGUAGUGAGCUAGAUCGGUAUCUACUAAAGCUUAAGGAGAAGUAUGGAGUGGAGUGUUCUUUUCGGGAUGUCGUUGCAAGUCCUCAUGUACACAGGUUUCAGGUACUUGAUGCAUUGGUCAGUCUAUUUUGUCGUUCAAAUAUAUCUGCAGAGACAUUGUGGGAGGGUGGUUGGCUUUUGCGCCAGCUACUUUCAUACAGUGAAGCAGAAUUCAAAAGUGACCACCUCAAGUUGUUGAAUGAGUCAUACAAACACUGUGCUGCUGCUCUGCUGCAGGAGGUUAGAGGAGUUUGGCCGGAUCUACUAUUAACAGUCCUCUGUGAUGAAUGGAAAAAGUGCAAAAGAGCAAUUGAGGCUUCUUCCCCUCGGAAACAGCCCAAGUUCAUUCUCUUGUCAUCACAGAAGUCUUCUACUGAAGGUCCUGGCGAAUCCUCAGUUUCUGCUGGAGAAAAAAUGUGUGAGCUGGUGAAGGUAUUUGUACUUCUAUACCAACUUCAAACAUUUUCUCUUGGUAAAGCUUUGCCAGAUCAGCCUCCCAUCAAUCCUCCAGUUCAUGUUUAUGAAAAUGUUCGAGCAAAAACUUCUGGUAUAGAUUCUUUGGGUCCAAAGCCAGGGUCUGAGUUAAGACUUGUUGAUGCUGUGCCUUGUCGAAUUGCAUUCGAGAGAGGUAAAGAACGCCAUUUUUUCUUUUUACCAAUCUCGUGGGGAAUGUCUGGGUGGGUGGUUUUAGCAGAAGAAUUGCCCCUGAAGCGAAAUUAUGGAGUUGUUCGCAUAGCUGCACCUUUGGCUGGCUCAAAUCCAAGAAUUGACAGUAAACAUUCAAGAUGGUUACACUUACGGAUUCGUCCAUCCACUUUACCAUUGGCGGACCUUUCAAAAUCUGAGGUGAGUGGACAAGCCAAGACAAGGGCUUUAGUUGACGGGAGAUGGACUUUAGCCUUUAAAGACGAGGAAUCAUGUAAGUGUGCAUUGUCUAUGAUUAUUGAGGAGAUAAGUGUGCAAGUUGAGGAGGUAGAGAGAAGACUAAAACCUUUGCUAGACAUUAAAACUAAUAGUGUACAUAUUUCAAAUCAACCCGAGUCGGAGUCUUCAUAUACAACACCUUCCAAUUCAUUGUAAGUGCUAAAAGAAUAAAAAAUAGUGUGCUAUGCUAGUGGGGUGACGAUAGUGUAUUAUGUGCAGUCACCCUUCUGUAUAUUGUUCAGUCCAUCUUAGUUGAGUAGAUUAGCAUGUCAGCUAUUUAUUUCCAUUCUUUGUAUACUAGAUUUCCUUUCCUUGGCCUGAUUUAUACAAGUUUGAUCAGUUUUUCUCACAUUCUUUAAUAGGUGUAACCCUAGGCUUUUUCGUCCCUGGUUUAUAAGAUGUGACAAUGUUGUAUAUUUGAGCUGAUUUCAUGGUAAAAGAAAGCCUUGGUGCAUCAUUUUUGUCAA